UUUAUUUUACUCCUCGCCAGCACACCUAAUAUAGAUCAACAGCCUAUCAGUGCAGUAUAUCAACAAUGCGCUGAUUUCUGAAACAUCUUUCUGGAACGGUUGUGACGAUAGCCCGUCAAUGUGUGUGAUAAUUGUUCGACUUGUGUAGCAGCAAUGGCUACUAACUGGAGGUCUCAUCCGCGAUACCAGGGCAAAGACCUUGACGAGUUACCUCAAUGCACCGUAGAGGAACUUGAAGAGAUCAUCACCGGACCGAGCGGAGGAUUCACCAUGCUUCCAAAUGAGGCAUAUCAUGAAGUGUAUCCAAGUAUAUUUCUUGGAGAAGCAUCUGCUGCCAAAAGUCGUCACCUCCUGAAGCGGCUCGGCGUCACCCAUGUCUUGAACGCAGCAAAAGGAAAGGGCCAGUUCUGGGUUGACACUGGUAAAGCCUUUUAUCGGGAGUUCGGCAUGGAGUUCCUGGGGAUUGAAGCCACGGACACGCUGAACUUCAAACUGAAUGAACAUUUUGAUGAAGCGGCUGACUUCAUAGAUAAUGCCAUCAAGUCGAAAGGCAAAGUCAUGGCAAACUGUGUUCAAGGUGUGAGCAGGUCGGCCACGCUGGUGCUGGCCUACCUGAUGUUGAAGUGUAAGAUGACUGCUCAGGAUGCAGUGAGGACUGUCAGGGAUCAGCGGGAGAUAUCACCCAAUGCUGGCUUCUUACAGCAGCUCUGUGAUCUCAAUGAACGUCUCUGGGAGGAAAAUCACUUUGAGAAGGAAAGAGGUGCCUGUGAUGACAGUGUUGACAAGAUUGCUCAAGAUGACAAGGGAAAAUGAGCUACUGUGCAUGAUGCUGAGAGGGAAAGCAGGACUGCUUAACGCCAUAGAGUUAAAGGAACGACUGAAUAUGAUACAAGGAAAGCAGGACUGCUGAAUGUGAGAGAAGGACGUGCUGCAGGCGACUUUAACACGAUCAACAGGACAAUAAGGCAACAAUGUAUCCCAGGGAGACCUAUAGUUGAUAUCCAGAACAGCAACCCAUCAUAGCACUAUACACUGGAGUAAUUACUGGUUAAAAUGAUUUAUUCAUAUUUCAACAUGAGUGAAUGACCGACGCAAAGACCGCCCGUUUUUCUGUACAAGACACAAGCAUGGCAACCGGCAGAUACAUGUCGGAUACCCUCAUUACUGAUAGCUAAUCAUACCCUGCAGAACGUUAGAGGAGAUGUACCUAAUUGCUUUUUCCAAAUACUAUUUGGUGUUUCGUCCUCUUAUAUUGCUCACAACUUUAAUGUUCCUUUCUCGACAUAACUUGUCAAAGUAACAUACAAAUUGAGAUCCAGAAGAACACGUAUUCAACAGCAUAUUUCACGAUCAAGUAAUGUCAUUUACAUUAAACCAAACCAUAGAAAAGUAGUA